AUGUUCACAAUUUGUACAGCAGACAAAAGCAAAAUUCGGUUCAGAGCUGAGGAUAUGAGCAUAAAUCAAUCACUUUUGGAUUUGUGUGUAGGAACACAUAAUUUAUAUCUUAGACGACGACAGCCAGAUUUACUUGAAGUUCAACAAAUGAGGAUUCAAGCACAAGAAUUAGCCGAACAGACUCGUCUUCAACGAGAGCGUGAACAAAGGGUUCAGGCAGAAUCAGAAAGGGAUAAGUUGAGAACAGAAUUGGGACAUUUGGCAGAACAAUUAAAUACGAUGCAGAUUGUAAUGAAGAAUGCAGAAGAAAGUCAUCAAUUAAUAGCAGAACGUGCAAGAAUUUCAGAACAAGAAGUUUUUGAAAUGACAAGGCGUGCAAAUGAUGCUGAAGCAGAAAUGCAAAGAAUUAGACAUUCACAAUUACGCGCAGAAGAAAGAAAAUUGGCUUUAGAAAGAAAAUAUAAGGAUGCUGAAUUACUUGCUAAUCGAUUGAUUCAACAGCAACAACAAUUUAAUAAUAAUAACAGCAACAGCAGUAAUGGAAUCAUUCCGAUGACACAGGCAAAAUUUAAUUUUUUAAAGCCCCCGCCUUAUCAGUGCCCACAGCUUAUAUUGAUAGGCUCUUGUUGA